AUAGAGAGGAGAGAGAGAGAGAGAGAGAGAGAGAAGAAUCUGUUAUUUAUGUGUGUGCAUUACAUUGUGUGGAUCUGUUACGUUCCUGCUGCGAGAUGUCUCCGCUGAUGGGGGCUUUCGCAGCACACCACUAGCCUCUCUCUCUCUCUCUCUCUCUCUCUCUCUCUGAUUUGCACGAGAUGCGGAUGUGAUGAGCUACCUAUGGAGUUAACGCACCUAUCAUCAUCUUGAAAGAAGCGAUCUCCACCGUGUGGUUCGUCCUCCCACGAAGCGAUUCCAUGAUUAAUCAAAUUGGACGCGAUCGAUCGUUGUUGAAAUUAAUAAUUUCCAGGUAUAUGUCGUGAUCAUUUGAUUGCAGUUUGCCAUUUCAAUUUCUACAUUGCGAAUCUGGAGGCGUCCAACAAACUCUGCUAGGCAUUUCAAAGUGAGGAUAUAUAGUCAUGGAAUGCACUUCAUUUUCCAUCACUAGCUCUCCAUUUCCCACAGUGGCAAAGGAUACACUACAAGAACACCAUGGCCUUCGCCGGACUUUUUCUGGCAUGGACUUGUGUGCCCGAGCCAGAAUGAAAAGGUCGUAUUCCGACAACCACAUCGUCCACUCCAUCAACCGCUCUCGAGCCUCUACAACCGAACCACAGAUGAAAAACAGCCAAUCAAUGGGGUUUUUCAAUUUCAAGUUAGCAGGACCAAUUUUCCCAAACUCUCUCCCAUCGUUUCUCUUUGAUCAGGACACGAAUAAGGACAUGGACGUGGCAGAGACCACGACUAAGAAGACAGAUAUGCCGGAGGAGAACUCGUUCGAGAGCGAUGAUGAAGACGAAGGGGAAAUGACGAAGAGAGUGAAUUGGAUUGAAAGGAUAGUGGAGAUUCGGAGUCAUUGGAGAGAGAGGCAACAGAAAGAUAAUUUUCACAGUGAUGGAGUGAUUGAUCAAGAUUGGGAUGAAGAUCAUGAGGGUGGCUGUGAAGCGGACUAUAGCGAUGAAGAAGAAGAGGGGAAUACGAAAAUUGAUUCCGAGUCGUUCUCGAGGUUGUUGGUUCAAGUUCCUUGGUCCGAUGCUAAGCGUUUCUCUCAACUGGCCUUCCUUUGCAACAUGGCAUAUGCCAUACCGGACAUCGAGGCCAAGGAUUUAAGAAGACAAUAUGGCCUCUACUUUGUAACGUCUUCCUUGGAGAAGAAAUCAAAAGCAGCAGCACUAAAAGCCAAACUUGAUCAAGACUUGACUCGCGAAGCUGUUGCUUCCUCAGCUACUAUUGUGUCGAAUGGAGGAAAGGCUGUGAAAUCUGCGGAGAAAUGUCCAAAUUGCCCUGCCGUUGCAUAUGAGAUUGCUGCUUCAGCUGCAUCUUAUGUCCAAUCUUGUUCUGACGACCUUUUACCCCUUGGCUACGAAAACAAACAAGGAGGAGAUGACAGGGAUUUAUAUGGCAACGAAGCAUACCGAAAAGAGGAGGGAGGGAGUUGUUCACCUCGAGUAUACAAAUCGGAGGUGGCUGCAUAUGUCACAGCAGCGUCAACUAUGACGGCAGUGGUAGCUGCAGGUGAGAAAGAUAAACAGGAGGCGGCUAAGGACCUCCAAUCACUUCAUUCAUCACCCUGUGAAUGGUUUAUUUGUGAUGAUCUGAGCACAUAUACUCGUCAAUUCAUCAUCCAGGGAUCGGACUCUGUUGCAUCAUGGCACGCAAAUCUCUUUUUUGAACCCACAAAAUUUGAGGGGACAAAUGUGCUUGUCCAUAGAGGAAUUUACGAAGCAGCUAAGGGAAUAUACGAGCAAUUCAUGCCAGAAAUCAUGGAGCACAAACGUAAAUUUGGGGAACGUGCAAAGUUUCAAUUCACGGGUCAUUCUCUUGGCGGUAGUCUUUCCCUAUUGGUUAACUUGAUGCUCUUGACAAGGAAAGUAGUCAAGCCCUCUGCUCUGUGGCCAGUUGUCACCUUCGGAUCGCCAUUUGUAUUCUGUGGAGGCCAUAGGAUUCUUGACGAGUUGGGGUUGGAUGAGGACCGUGUUCACUUUGUGAUGAUGCAUAGAGAUAUCGUCCCAAGAGCAUUCGCGUGCAAUUACCCUAACAGUGUCGCCCAACUCCUUAAGCGCUUGUGUGGCACUUUUCAAUCCCACCCAUGCCUCAAUAAGAAGAAAUUGUUGUACUCUCCGAUGGGUAAAAUAUACAUUCUCCAACCAGAUGAAAAGUCCUCUCCUCCUCACCCUUUACUCCCUUCAGGGAGUGCCUUCUACGCCGUUGAAAAUACCCGAUGCAGCUUUACCCAAAAUGCCCUCAAAGCCUUUCUCAAUUCUCCCCACCCACUGGAAACCUUAAGCAACCCUACCGCCUACGGCUCAGAAGGUACAAUCCUCAGAGACCACGAUUCAAGCAAUUAUCUGAAAGCAGUCAAUGGGCUUAUUAGGCAGCACACAAAGACCGUUGUGAGGAAACAGGGAAGUCUCUUGUGGCCACUGUUGACUACAGAGUCUCCACGUGCAUGGAGCCAUGAACAUAAUCUAGAGGAAAACAGGGUGGUAAAACAGGAGGUGAUGACUAGCGUCUAAACCUUUUCUGAAGAUUUGCUACCACAAAAUCUAGAGUUAUAAUGUCCAUAAGAACUCGAGUUUGGGGUAAAUUUUCCCGAAACUCCAUGUAUAUUUUGCCUAACUAUCUCAGUACAUGAUUGUAUUUGUAUGUUGUUCAUCAAUUUAUCAAGUUACAGUUGAUAAAAUCUCUAAUAAAACAUCUAUGUACUUGUACAAGCUUUACUCAAAA